UAUAACGAGAAAAAAAGGGGGCCUUUGUCCGGACGCAUGCGCUCACAUACGGCGGGGCGCCCUUCCGCCUCGCUCUAAACAGAAAGCACACGGGGGUCCCGGUCAUAGGCUUGCGAGUAGACAGCCGACGGAACUGCUUUUCGAAUGCUCGGGCUGACUGACGGCAAAAGCGUUGACGCAUUACUUCGCCCCGCCCCUUCUCCGGGAGGCGCGUGAUGCUCCGCCCGCUGUAUGCCGGUGUCCUUUCUCCCCGUGUGCUCUUCUCCCCGGCUGCCGGGCAGUGUGCGGUGUUCUCGCGCUCCCCACCGCUCCGCUUGACCCUGACUGCGGGUGUCGCCGGAAUCGAGUCCUCUGCCGCCUUUAUGAAGCACCUGCCCUACUUCUGUCGCGGGGAGGUGGUGCGGGGCUUCGGCCGUGGCUCCAAAGAGCUCGGCAUCCCCACAGCUAACUUUUCUGAGGAAACGGUUGAGAAUUUCCCUUCUGAUAUCCCUACUGGCAUAUACUAUGGAUGGGCUUCUGUUGCAAAUGGAGAUGUGCAUAAAAUGGUCUCGAGUAUAGGCUGGAAUCCAUAUUACAAGAAUGUUAAGAAAUCUGUGGAAACACACAUCAUUCACUCUUUCAAGGAGGACUUCUAUGGAGAAGAUCUUAGUAUAAUUAUUCUUGGCUACAUAAGACCGGAAAGAAACUUUGAUUCUUUAAGUGCACUCAUAGCAGCUAUUCACGGCGACAUUGAAGAAGCCCAAAAAAAACUAGACUUGCCAGAACAUCAGAAAUACAAAGAUGACAACUUUUUUCACAUGCUGGGAGGCAAAAUAGUUAACAGUCAUUGAGUUAGGCUGCCUUAUGUAUCUUAAUUGUAACGGUUUAAAUUGCACUGAUCUUCUAACAAUUAUCCUUAUUUAGAGAAAGAUGGUGUAACUCAGUCCUCUAUGGUUUAGUAUUUUCUGCCUGUAUUAGAGUUAAAUUAAAAUGGUCAGACAACCACAUGGCGCCACACUAAGUUCUUCUCUCACACCCACCCACACCCAAAUAGCAUAUUGUUACUGGGCAUGUUGGAAUCUGCGCAAAGAUUUCAUUGCAUGUGUUGCAAUAUGUAUAAAGUGUUGUUAUUACUAGCUUUUCUGAGGCUGGGCAACAGUUGGUCCCCUAAACUUGGGGGCACAAGUCCUUUCAAAACCCUUUUAAUAAUAGCUGCCUAGUCUCCUGAAUUAAAUUCGGUUUCUGAUUUUCAAGGUCAAAGUAGUUAUGUUUCUUGAAGAGAGGGGAAACCCAAGAGAAAUGUAGAUGUAACACAAAUAGUUUUAUUGGCUUAUUCAGCAAGGUGUUAUUUUUGGAUCUUAGGUUUGUAAUUGUCAGAAGUAUUUCUGAAGAUAGGUAGUGCUUACUAA